GACACUCCUCCUGUGAGCAUUUGUGAGGCAGCUUCUGUCCCUUAUGUCUCUUUGUGGGGAACAGAACAGUCUUCCCAGAGCAUCACAGGAGACAAAACAGAUCUCUGGGGAGGAAACACCAGCCGCAGACCUCAAUGCAUACCUGACCUCAACUUCAGUGGAUGCCAAGAUAGGCACAAGGACAGGAGACGCACACCCUCUGAAGCUGGAGUAAAACAUCCAAGAAGUGGACCUUAACAGACGGACAAGCCAAGAGGUCACUUUUGAGUUCAAAUCUACAUAAUCGUCAGAUCAAAAUCAACGACGCUGGACUGGAUCGCUAAGAAAAAGGUGGAGUCUUAAUUUGAGCUUUAAGUUUCUCUGCAGAAAAGUUUUGUUAAAAAGAUCAAAAGAAUCAUAUGAGAUGCAUACAAACUUGGGAAACGAAGGAAAGAAGAUAAUUUAGCCAAGUAUUUUUUUUUCUCUCCAUCUUCAGAGCACUUUUCCAAAUAUUCACUUGAGGUAGGAAAUUGAGAUACUCUUUCAAGAAUAUCUUAAAUGGUCCCGACAGUGCUCCUAAUUCACCAGCCAGGCGUUUAUCUUAUUUCUCCAGCUCCUUCUGAGGGAGCAUUAAAGACUUCAUUGAUAGUGCUCUAGGGGAGCGGUUAAUAUUUCUUAUAUGAAGUCUUGAAACUUUAUAGCUGUUGACUGAAGAGAGAGAAAUGUGCAACAUUUGAGAUAAUGGUGCCGAGCUGUUUCCAAGUGUGUCUGGACUAACACUGCAACAGCACUGAGGACAGUAGCUAUGUUCACAGGGUGUGGAGUGGUCACUGGCCAAAACCAGUACCUGACCAGAGACGCAGUCAGGCCCCACCCAGGACUCGAGGUGAACACACCGAUUCAAAUGGAGAAUGUAGUAGCCCCGGGGACCUGCGCUAUCUACCAGGGUGACACUUACAGCAAUGCUAUGCAGCCAGCAGUGGUCGAUGUCCCCAAUCCUCUGAAGCCAGCACCACUAGCAGUACCUCCCCCAGCACUAAAACUAGGGCAGGACGGGUUCAAGAAAGUCUGCCGAACUGAGGAGGACAGUCCCUGCCCCUUUCCAGGAUUGGCCUCUGGGGUGCUGGAGAUGCGCGUGAAGGAAGGAAGUAAGAUCCGCAACUUAAUGGGAUUUGCCAUGGCACGUAUGCAAGGAGAGAAAUGUGAAAGUGGGAGAGAUGUGAGCGGAGGUGGACUGAGGCAGGUGGUCUUCAGUGGGUCGGGUCGCGCAGUCACAAAGACUAUCACCUGUGCUGAGAUCAUGAAACGAAAAGUGGGCUCGCUGCACCAGCUGACCAAACUCCGGUACAAGGUAGUCAAAGAGGUGUGGGAAAGUACUGAAGGGAGCUCAUCUGAGAUGACAGUGCACAGGACCGUGCCCUCCAUCAGCAUCCUUCUUUCCAAAGACCCCCUGGAUCCACAGGAACCAGGCUAUCAACCUCCAGAGACUCUUAGUGCUUUGUGGGAGGAGAAAGAGGGUGUCGAAUCUGCUUCACAGACAGCAUGCAAGAGACCUCUAGGACCUUCACCGUACAGCAGUUUCACUCACUGUAAGAGAGUGUGUUUGGGGGAGGGAGUCUCUGUUCUCCCUCCUCACUGACUGGCUGAGCUGGUGUCAAACAGAGGAGAGGAUUGAAUCAGAGUUCAUUUGGAGCUGCCCUCCACUCAAGCACAAUGCUGAGACAAUCAGAACACUCACUGAGACAGAACAGUGCUUUUCGAAAAGAACUGAGCACCAAUUCCAGCCUCCAGAGGUCAGUUUGACUGGGCCCUAAAAGCUUGCCUCUGUUCAUUGAGCAUUUAAGGGAUGUUUUUCCUAGGCACGUUCAAAACAUUCUCUCGCACCAACAAAGAGUGAUGAUGAGUGCUAUUCUGCUGUAAAAUCUAAAACAGAUUAACAUCCCAUUUCACACCCACAAAAGAAAGAGCCAACAAUUGCACAGGUUCCAGAUUGCAGGUGGCAGUAAACUAGAUCUACAGCCUGUGGACAAAAUCAUUUAUUAGCAUCAUGUUACAAUCACCUAUUCUUCUCUUAGUUGUAAUCAAAAAAAAAAAAAAGGUAGACCCAUGAAUAUCAAACUAAAAAACAAAAACAUGAAGCCAUUGAUUUGAAGAAAAAAAAAAAUGCAAAAAAUUAUUUUCUUUUGUCUGAUUAUGACCUCUCAUGAAAACAAAAUUAAAUACAUUUUUUUCCAAUGGAAAUUCUGUUUUGUAUUUCGUCUGUCUUAUAUUGAAUCGGAAAAGCUCUGAUUGAACAGAAAAUCACAGUGUGCUGAUCUUUUGAUAAGAAUAACUGCAGUGAAAUGUGUCUGCAGGAAAAAAAACAGAUUUAAUGACAAAGCUGUUGAUAAGGCACAGCUCCUAAACCAACGCAGCCUGACAUAAAUGCCGAGAGCAGAAAUACAAGCACAGAUUAUCAUUAAGAUAACAACAUAACAUCACACAACACAGUGGAGAAAGAGAUUAAAACUAGGCUCCACAGAGCUAAACACAACGCUGUUUCUACAAAAUAUGAAUCUAGGCAACAGGCUACACUUCUUCCCCCUUCAGCUUGCAGGCCUCCCCUCCAUAUAUAUUGCGUAUGGUACAGUCUGUUUCUUUCACUAUAUAAUUAUUAAACAGUUUCUUAAGCAAAGUAAUAUGCUGAACAAGGACAUCUACAAAGAGCCACAUCUUUAGAGCAACACUUCUACACUGCCUGACUGACAUAAUAAAUUAAACACUCCAGCUGACAUUUCUUUAUGUCGCCUCCCUGCAUUUUCAUACCAUUAUUUACCAGAAAAGAAAGAAACCUCUCAGUAACGCUGAAGCUUAACUGGAUGCAGCAGACACAAUUCAACUCAGAAGCAGAAAGCACAGUGUUGUUAAAAAAGAAAACAAAACAAGGGCUAAAAGCAUAGCUGUUGAAUUGUAUGGAUUAGACAUUGCUACACAAAAUUCAAGAGAAUUCACCCCAAACAAGACAAACAAAAUAAACCUUCCUCAGAGAGAAAACAAAAUUAACCAACUACUUAAGAACUUUUUCCACUUAAUCAUGUCUUCUAGGGGUUUAAUAACUUAGACAAGAGGAACCUUGUCUAAAGCCUCUACUGGUGAUCUUAAUGAAAAUCUACAAGCGCAGAUAUCUGCCUCCGAAAGUAAAUUAAUCAAAGUGACUGCUAACUGGGGGGACAAUUCUAUUAAAGUAGAGGGAAAGAGACGAGUCACUCAUGGCAUUUUCUGUUCAAAUUCCUCCAGAGGAAUACAAAUUGUGAUAUUUCAUACAGUGGUCAGCCACUGCGUUAUGCGUCUAUGGCAGACAUUGUGAUUAACCUCCCUUUACAAUCCCAUUAAAUGAAUCAGAGCAGAGCAGAACACCCAAGGUUGAAUAAGAAAUGCUGCCACUGCACUACAGCACAUACGUAUGUAGCAAACUGUGUGUCCUCGAGACUGCUGGAAGGUUAUCACUUCAGGUCGCUGUUAUCACAGAGUUAACAGCUUUCACCCAAGAGCCCGUGGGACAGCCAGCCUGCAAUGCAGGUCAAAAAGAUAAUACCGCAAUAAGUAAAUUUCAAAUCGACCUGCAUCUGUUAUCAUGUAUUAAGAAUUCUGGGCCAAGUGUAAAAUGUAGUGGGGGUAAUUAGGGAUAACGGUAUAGCAUACCUGAGUGAGGGAAGAGAUAAAACACACUGACAAAUGCAUUAUCCUGGAGCUAAAUCCAAUGUGGCUGGCACAGAAUAGCAUGGUAGAAGAGACAACAAAGUGCAAGGACAAGGUUAUUUAAAAGUUGAGAGUCCAUUUACCCAAUCAUUUUUGUUCUCAAAUUUGCAGUCAAGGAGGAUGUGGAGGACACACAUACCUGGGCCCAAUAUACACCAAGUUUGGUUAUGCACACUGUGUUUGUAUUGACUACACAUGGAUGUUUCAAAUAUCUUCCCUUUCUAUGAAAUAGACUCAAAUAAGGAAAAGAGGUAAAUACAAUUACUCAUACAUUCACUAUUCACAAAUUAAGAUUAUUUGUGACGGGCGUACGUCUUUGGGGAGCAUUUCUAUUAGAAAACAGCAAAUUUGUCUGUCAAUGCGGCAUAUUAAAGGUUUUGACUGUACAAGAGCACACAAUCAUGACAUAAAAUCUUUUUACUUUUCAAGAUACAUACAGAAAUAUCCCAUUAAAAUGCUUAUUUAUCGUUUAAGUCAUUAAAGAAUAUUAUAUUGACACUGACCAAUCACAGUAAUCUAUCAAUCCAGUCCAGACACAACAGUAACCUUCUGUUUACCAAAGCCAAUAACUGCAUGCACUUACUGUGAAUAAAUUCAUUUUGAAGUUAACAUCAUAAAAGUGCUGGCACUCUUUUUUCCCCCCCCUUCUCUGCUGCUGCAGCAGCAGCAGAUGAGAGUGAGGUCUCUGGGAUGGCGUGGGAGUUCGCUAUCUCUCAGCCUCCAGAUGGCUCCGUCUUCUCUUAUCUAGAAGAAUGGGUACUGCCUCAAUUUUUCAACUCGCCUUAUCUGGGAAUCCUUUAAAUUGAAUAUUUACUGAGCCUAUGUUUUCUGCCUGUGUUAGCCUCUGAAGUCAACAUUCCUCUUGCUUGUCAAGGCAGGCCAAAAGGUUUUUUCUCACUCAUACACUCUCAUUGUCUGCCUUGUCAAGUAAUGGGGUAGUGAUUGAUUAUGUGAUUGCUAGGAGAGAAUGGAAGGUUAAGCAGAAACAAGUGAAGACAUAUUCAAGAACGGCCAUGGAGGGAAUAUGUUCAACAAAGCAGAAAAAUGCAUUCUCUCAAACAUGAAAUCAGGCUGACCUUUGUUUAAUGUCACAGUGAAUUAAUUAUUUUCUAAAAAAAGUCUAUUGUUUUUCUGCACAGUGUAAACUCGAAGUUAAGAGAAUACUUAAGCAGCCAUUGAAAACAUCUUACUGCAAUAUGACUGGCUGUGGUUUAUCUGCAUAAACAAGCCAUGCCACAGCUACUCCCCGGUAAGUGUCUGGAAAUGUCUUUUCAAAACCAUUUUGUGAAAUGCCUCCAUGUUGGAUUAAUCAGCACAGCUGAGGAUGUAAUUGCUGUGCUGAAGUCAAAGCUGUAAGAGCAGAUAAUGAACACUGACUACAUAGCUGCCAGAAUUCGGGGCAAAAGAAAUUAGAAGUUCGCAGACCAAAUGUCUUUUGCAUUCUUUCCAAAGUGCUGAUAGAAAAUGAAGGCACACCACAUUGACACUAAAUAGAGACCAUUUUAAAGCAGCACUGCCUAUGAGUCGACGAAUAGUCUGGACACAGUGGUAUUAUGCAGUUGUGCUGUGAAUACAACGAGACUGGGGAGAAUUAAAAGUUGCUUUAAAUAUUUAAAUGAAAAGCAAAUUAUUUGUGCAUUUUAGAACCCUGCAUGCAUAUCUCACUUCAUGUGUGGGUAUCUGAUCCUUUUUCAUGAGACGGGCUUGUAAAAGGUGGAGAAUUCCAAAAGGGAUUUUAUUUUGGCUGUUGCUGCCCUCUGGUGGACAAGUAAGUCCAAAAUUAUACAGUACACAUACUUGCUCCUUGGAGAGGUUAGUGACUUGUGAAACAGAACAGAAAGACUACCCAUGUGCACAAACGCACACCACUGAUGUUUACAGGCCUGUGAGCAGCAAAGAUUGUUCUGUUUCAGUGAUGCCCACCAAACGGUAGAGACAGGACACAUCAAGCCAUGAGGUAAAAAAUAAAGACAAAUACAGCGGUGAGCUGGAAAUGAAUAGGCCCUUAGUCAGCAUUUGCCCCCUCACCCCUCGGAAAAAAAUACGCUCAAGGGGAAAGUGCUGCUCUAUGGUGGUUGAAUGAUUGGCUGAAUUGUCAUUAUGACUCAAACUGCUACGUUCAUAAGAGGGGGGGGGGAAUGUUCCGUACAGGACUGCUGGGUUGCUGCAUAUUAACAUCCCUUCGUCAUGAUCCACUCAGCACUGAGAGUGAUGGACAUCUAUUACUUCGAGGUGUUAUCCGUGUAAUUGGACUCUCCUUUCCAGUGAGAUCAAUAAAAUCAUUUAAAAGAAACAGCCUAGUGGUUUACUUAAAGUGCAUGAAAAGCAAAUACAGAGUUUCUCCUCGUCACACAUUAUACAGAACAUUUUAGCACAACUCCUCCUCAAAUGCUGUACCUAUAUAGACAGUAUACUCAGAUUUUAUGCCAGUAUAUUGCAGGCCUGGUGGGGCCUCCAGGACUGAACACAAUUAGCUUGUGUGCAAUGGAUUUUCACUGUGAGGAGAGAUCUGUGUUCAAAAGUCUGGUUAUGUUUCAACCAUGGCUGAAACAAUUACUCGAUUAAUCGAUUAUUCAUCGAUUACAAAAAUGAAUCGUCAACUAUUUUGAUAAGCAACUUAUCAGUGUGUAUCAGAGUGAUUUUAAGGAAUUAAAGCAAGUUUUCUGAUUUUUCAGCUUGUUAAAUGUGAAUAUUUUCUUAGCUCCACAUAACAAAGAAAUCAUUCAAACUGAUUAUCUUUUGGACAAGACAAGAAGACGAGACAUUUAAGAACAUCCUUCUUUCCAGGUUUGAGAAACACUGACAUUUUAUGGACCAAACGAUUAAUCGAGAAAACAAUUAACAGAUUAAUUAGAUUAUGAAAAUAAUGGUUAGUUGCAGCCCUAGUAGUUAACAGAACUGACACUGAUAGUAGUCGUUGCUUUCUAGUGUAACAAGACUUUAGCUUGUGUUAAAUUUCCUGCUUGGCUCAUAGACCACGGUCAGAAAUCACAGGGGAGAGGUUUCCUCCAGGACAGAAGUUGUAGCUGUAACUUUCACAAGCAGCUGAUAAACACAAAAUCUGGGAUUCUUUCUUUUUUUUCAGCUAAAUAUUGCUGAAGUUAAUCAUAUUCAGAAAGAAAAAUGCAGUGACAGCCUAGCUAUGUGCAAAUACUUUGAUAUGAUUGAAUUUAUUUUUGUUUUGAUGUUAUCCAAGACUGUGUACUGCCAGAUAAGGGUUCUGUAAGA